AUGGCGCUGUUUCUCUCGCGCGCCUGUCUCACCCCCCCCAAGACUCCACGGAAUGUUUUCUUUCCGUGGCAAGUCUUCAGCGUGCAUCGCACUGGUGCUUUCCUCGAGCGCCGGCGCAUCGCUCUUAAAGUUCCAGUCAACCUGACCAAGUUCGAAAUUCAGAGCUACUUGGAAAAGAUCUAUGGCGCUCGCGUCCUCAAAGUGUCGACACUGAUCGUCGUGCCUAGACGGCGCCGAGACAUCUUCGGCCCUCGGCCUUCCAUGCGCUACUACCGAGUAGGCAGCACCUUCAAAAAGGCGAUCGUGACGCUCGAGGACGGCGUGCCUGACGCAGUCAAGAUGCUUCGCUCCUCGAUCGAGCUGGCGAAGAACCCGGAUAUCACCAAGCACAAUUUAACUUACUCCGGUCGUGUGCGGGAAUUCAAACCCCCCAGUCAGGCGCAGCGCUGGGAGAUGGGCGAAUCCAAGUACGCGUGGCGCUUGCCGCUCCCCAAUUUGCUCGCCGGAGACGAUUUGCAGCUGAAUCCAGCGUUGCGCAUCGACGAGAGUACGACGCAGAUGUUUCCUGACUUCUCUAAGCCUUUCUUCCACAACGCGCACUUCAAAUUUUCCUGGAAACCGGAAGAAGUUCCCUUCCAGCCGACAGUAAAACUCGACAUCACGCCCUGGCGCCGGCGAGUCGAGCGUUUGCAAGGCCAGCCGCCCCCCUCUCUGGGGGAUGCGGAAACGGUCGCGUUGCCGAAAUUCCAAACGCCCUCAAACGCGCAUGCAUCUCCUCCGUCGGGACGUAACGGCUCCACGAUGGCCGAGUCGCCGCAAGCUUCUCCUUCCAUCUUGGUCCUCGUCUUCUCGAAAGACCGUGCUGCUCAGCUGUUUCUUUGUCUCCACUCCUUCUUUUCCGCUUGCGGCUUUUUCCGCUCGCCUCACACCCCUCCCGUUUCUCCGGGUGAAUCUCAGGCGAGUCGACCGCAGCAACGAGCGCCGUCUCCUUCCAGAGAUGUUGGGCUCUCUGUCUCCUCUCCUCCCUCGGCGGCUUCCCCGCCGUCCUCCUCUCCUCUCCUCAGCUCCUCUUCUCUGUCUUCUCCGCGUUCGUCUCCCGUGCCAUCGCCUGCGCUCUGCAGUUCGGAGUCUCGAGGCUCCGGCCCCCACGCGCUCGUCGAGGUGGACGUACAGGUGAUUUACCGGGCUUCGUCGCCCGAGUUUCAGACCUCUUACCGGCUCGUGGAGGCGCUUCUUUCGCAUCUCCUUGGUGUUUCUCAAGACCCGCCGACACGCAGAUUUGACUCGAAUGCUUCCCUGUCUUGUUCGCUGUCUCGCGUCUCUCCUAGCCGUCCGUCUGCCUCAGUUUUGGAGUCUCUCUCGGAGCCUUCGUGGGACAAACUCGCCAACCCUUCGGCCUCUGAAGAGCCUCCUAACGUCAGUCUUGAGGGGAAAAAAGCAUUCGCAAAUGAGAUGACAGCACAGAGCGCUUGCCGCGAAGUGGGUGAAAAAGAGAAAAAUCGAACAGGCGCCGCGGAGGCGACGAGUGCGACGCAGAAGGACCGAACUCCGGAACACAGCAACACAGGCUUUCAGCCGGACGCGGUGAUCAAUUCCAGCUGUAUGUACACCCACGUCCUUCUCAUGGUGGACGACUGCGUGUGGCUGUAUCCGCCUUCUCAGUUACACAGCGGCGAAACUCUAGACAUCGCACGAGUUUCCGGUUUGCAAGAAUUCGAUACACCAAUUCCCAAAUACGAAACCGGCCCCUCGGAGUCAGCGUUGUCUUCUCUCUCUCCCUCAUCCUCUUCGCACUCGCCCUCUUCUUCCUCUUGUUCGCCCUCGUUUUGUCCGAAUUUGGCGCCAUCCUUUGCCUCAUCCCUUCCGUCUGGCUCUUCGUUUCGUCCUUCUUCCACGUCGCCUCCCUUUCCUCCUGUGUCUGAGGCGUCUCGCCUUUCCGGCGCCUCUGGGCCUCCUGUCGUUUCCACUCUCGCCCACGCUGUCCAUCUUCUGGACAGUUGCCCCGCUCUUCUCCAUGUGUCCCCUCGUCUCCACUUCGGCCUCGACUACUCGCAGCCCUCAGAUUCGGUUCUUGCGCUCCCCUCCGCGGCGGUGCUAUCUCCACUGUCUCCGCUGUUUCCGCCCUGGCGUCUCCUUCCUGCUUCCCCCGUGGAGAGAGACACGGUCAGAGGCGAGACACCGGCACGAGAAAACCAGCCUAGGAAGCGCCGCAGAGACGCGAUCUCAGGCACACCUGGACAGGGCUCAAGCGAGACCGAAGGACAAAAGAACAAAGAAGAGGAAGAAGGGGAGGGAGACAGAGAAGAGAAAGAAGAAGAGGGGGAAGAGGGGGAAGAGGGGGAAGAGGGGGAGGGAGACAGAGAAGAGAAAGAAGAAGAGGGGGAAGAGGGGGAAGGAGGCCGAAACGGAGUCGGGGGAUCGGAUGGUGGACGUGAAGGCGGAGCUCGGAACGGAGAAGAAACUAGGAGCGGCCGAGAACGCAAACUUGAAAAGAACCAAGAGAGAGACAGAGAUGAAUUGACGAAAGGGUACAAACUGGAAAGAGAAGCGGAAUUCCACAGAGGACACACAGUCCACACGGACGAGGCACAAAGGACGAAACGGUGGAGACGAUCUACACGAGAUCGCGAAAAUCCGAGCGACCGGGUCUCUGCGAUGAAGAAGCAAAAACUACAAAGAACCCAAUGCGGAAAGAUGAGCGCGGAAGACACCGGAUCGUGCUCGAUCGAAGCUGAUUGCUCCCGAAAGAGAUGCCAAGGAGACUUUGAGAUGGCCCUUGAUCUCAGCUGCACACUGUACCGGCAAGCCGAUUUGGUUCUUCUCCUCCAGACGCUUUUGAAGGUGGAGCCUGACAGCUUGUGUCAUCCGAAUCGUCUCGAAGUGGCGGGCAACCGGCAUUUCGAGAGAAGCAGACUGCCGAGCGGUUCCUGCUCCUUGAGCGCUCUGCGGCCUCUCAUCGCUUUUCCUCUCCACCCUCGAGCCGUCGUCUUGACAAUCAACCGCGUUCAGCGCGUCUAUUCGAACCCCGUCUACCUCGCGCCUUCUCCCACUACGCGCUCCAAAGUCCGCGGAGGCAACGCCCGCGCAGGAGACGCCUGGAGCUGCGCGUCACUGGACGUGUACUUUCGGAGAGGCGUCGAAAUGUGGCGACCCAGGCUCUCGCAAUGGCCACGCGCGAGGGCGCAUGAGAGCGAACGCGCGACAGAAAAACAGGAACCGAGUCGCGCCGUACCGCUCGAAAGUCUCUUCCCGUUCUCUUUGCCAACAGCGCCGAGAUUCCCCUACGAAAUGGAAGGCUGUUGCUUCCCCAGUGUCCACGUCCCUCCGCCGCCUCUUCUCUCUCCCGUGUGCACCAUUCAAGCCUCGCCUUCGCCUGGCCUUGCCGACGCAGGCGCGUUGCCUGAAGCACCAUCGGUUUCCUUCGCCCCUGCUGCUAUUCGUUCUUCGCCUCCUCGCUUGCCGACCGUGACGUGGCUGAUUCCAGUCCACAACGGAGCAAAGACAAUUGGCUCUGCUGUGAGAAGAGUUGGUGGAGCUCUGCGGCGCGGUCUGCGCUUUUGCCGAGGAGAAUUUGUGGCCCGACUUGACGCAGAUGACAUCGCUCAUCCCCACCGACUCGUCACGCAA